AAGGAUCCAAUACCACCAUGCCGGCUCUCACUUCCAUCAGGACCAGCGCGGGCAAGCUCGAGAUCGUCGACCAGCUCCUCCUCCCGCACUCCACCGAGUUUAUAGAGAUCAGGAACAUCGACGAUGCGUUCGACGCCAUCAAGUCGAUGAAGAUCCGCGGUGCGCCUGCGAUCGCAUCGCUCGCUGCGCUUGCCGUCGCGGAUCAUCUGACGAGGGCCCUCGAAAGCCGCCCUUCGCCCGAGUGGCUCGGGAAUGUCGCCGCACUGAAGGAGCACGUCGAGGGCGUCCUCGCCCAUCUGUACACCGCACGCCCGACCGCCGUCAACCUUGGCGCGGCCACACGGCGGCUCACCAAGACGCUCCAAGCCGCCAUCGACGCGGGUAGGAACCCCCUCGAGGUCGCGCAGGAUCUCAUUACAGAAGCCCGCGAAAUUGAUGCAGAAGACGUCGGGCGCAAUAGGCAAAUGUCAAAAUGGGGCGGGGAGUGGCUCGUCGAGCGCGUCAAGGGCGACGGCGGCAGCGGCGCAGAGCUGAACGUGAUGACCGUCUGCAAUACCGGCUCGCUCGCCACGUCGGGCUACGGAACUGCGCUGGGAUUGAUCACGUACCUCCAUGAGACCGGGAAGCUCCAGCGUGCGUUCUUCACGCAAUCCACGCCGUACCAUCAGGGCUCGCGGCUGACCGCGUAUGAGCUGCAAUCGCUGAACAUUCCGUCGACGAUGCUGUGUGACAGCAUGGUGGGCUCACUGUUCCAGCACCACAACAUCCAUGCCAUAGCCGUGGGUGCGGACCGGAUCGCUCGGAAUGGAGACACUGCAAACAAGAUUGGAACGUACAACGCCGCCGUGCUGGCCGCGCGCCACAACAUCCCGUUCAUCGUCGUCGCACCGGUGAGCACGGUUGACCUGGAAGUUGCGGAUGGCAGGGGCAUCCCCAUCGAACAGCGUCCGCCGAUCGAGGCGUGCCUCGUCCGGGGCGCGCUGUACCCGUUCGCCCUGGAUGGGGACGGGGUGAAGCAGCAGGCGACGGUGAUGGUGACCCCUGAGGGGCUGGAGGGCGUCUACAACCCGAGCUUUGACGUGACCCCUGCGAGCCUCAUUACCGCCAUCGUCACCGAAAAGGGCGUCGCGGUCAAGAAGGAUGGCGAGAAUGUGUUUGAUUUGACGCCGGUAGUUUGACUGCGGAAUUGAGUGCGCAGCAGGCGCUCCAAAAAGAAGUGUACGAUAUAUAGCGUUGGUUCCUGGUGUAUGCAGCUGUGCUCUCGUUCAUCGUUCAUCGUCCUGUGCCUCCCC